UCCUCCUCUCCUCCUCCUCCUCCUCCUCCUCUCUGUCAGUCCGCUGUUUUCUGGCUGUGUGUCGGUCGGUGAGUGUGUGUGCUGUUUAUACAUAUAUAUGUGUGUGUGUGUGUGUGUUUGUUGUAGCUAGCCGUUAGCUGUCGUCACAAUCCGCCGCCGCCGCAGCAGGAGCAGCACGCGACCAUGGCGGACUCAGCCAGCGACCCUCCGCCGGAGACCACAGACUUCCAUGAGCUGGAGGACGGGGAGGACCUGUUCCCGGAGCCGGCCGCCACUCUGGAGUCAGAACCAGCCAGUCUACCAGCUGAAGACAUCAGCACCAACUCUAAUGGACCCAAACAGGACUCACUGUUUGAUGACGAUCCAGAGGACCUGUUCGCAGAGGCGACAGAGGAAGUGUCGUUGGACAGUCCUGAGCGAGACGUGCUGCUGUCUGACGGCCCGUCGCCCGCCAUCACCCCCAUCACCCCCCCAACCUCCGUCAUCACCCCCCGCAUCUGCCUCACCCACGACGACAUGUUCACACACUCCUCCUUCGACGAGAUUGAAGAAGAGGAGGGCGGCGACACAUUCGACAUGCAUAUAGUAGUGUCCGACCCCGAGAAAGUGGGAGACGGGAUGAACGCGUACAUGGCGUACAAAGUGACGACCAAGACGUCCAUGUCUGUGUUUAAGACUCACGAGUUCUCAGUCAGAAGGCGUUUCAGUGAUUUUCUGGGUCUGCACAGUAAACUGGCCUCCAAGUAUCUGCACAUAGGCUACAUCGUCCCGCCGGCGCCGGAGAAGAGCAUCGUGGGGAUGACCAAGGUGAAGGUGGGGAAGGAGGACCAGUCGUCCAACGAGUUUGUGGAGAAGAGGAGGUCGGCUCUGGAGAGGUAUCUGAUGAGGACAGUGAAGCAUCCCAUCCUGCUGAAGGAUCCUGACGUGCUGCAGUUCCUGCAGAGCUCCGAGUUGCCGCGGGCGGUCAGCACUCAGGCUCUGAGCAGCGCUGGACUCCUCCGGAUGGUCAACAAGGCAGCAGACGCCGUCAACAAGAUGACCAUCAAGAUGAACGAGUCAGACGCUUGGUUCGAGGAGAAGCAGCAGCACUUUGAGAAUCUGGACGUUCAGCUGAGGAAACUUCACGCCAGCGUCGAGUCUCUGGUCUGCCACAGGAAAGAGCUGUCUGUGAACACGGCGCAGUUCGCCAAGUCAGCGGCGAUGUUGGGGAACAGCGAGGACCACACGGCGCUGUCCCGCGCUCUGUCCCAGCUCGCAGAGGUGGAGGAGAAGAUCGACCAGCUGCACCAGGACCAGGCCAACGCUGACUUCUACCUCUUCUCCGAGCUGCUGGGAGACUACGUCCGCCUCAUCACCGCCGUCAAGGGUGUGUUCGACCACCGUAUGAAGACGUGGCAGAAGUGGCAGGACAGUCAGAUGUUGCUGCAGAAGAAACGAGAAGCUGAAGCCAAACUGCAGUUUAACAACAAACCAGACAAACUGCAGCAGGCCAAGGACGAGAUCAAAGAGCUGGAGAGGAAGGUCCAGCAGGGAGAGGCCGAGUUCGAACAGAUCUCCAAAACUAUUCGCAAAGAAGUGAGCCGCUUCGAGAAAGAACGAGUGAAGGACUUUAAAACGAUCAUCAUCAAAUACCUGGAGUCUCUGGUUCAGACACAACAGCAGCUGAUUAAAUACUGGGACGCCUUCUUACCCGAGGCCAAGGCGAUCUCAUAGAGUCCUACGCCAACCCUACAGACAGUCCUGACUGGCUCCGGUCAAACUACACUACCCACAAUGCACCGGUCCUCCUCCUGUUUCUGACUACAGCCAAGUGACUCUUCUGCAAAACAAAAAACAACAAAACUCUCUUUUUAUUUCCAGCUUUUCAUCUUUUAAUUUCUUUUUUUUCUGUCUGCUGAGCUCAGUGUUGCAUUCAAGUCCAGUCAGAAUAAUCAGCGUUCUCCUGAUUAAUCCUUUCACAAUAAUAUUAACCUACAGAAUUAAGCAAAAUCCACAAAACAUGAUCUUUUAAAGCUCAUAAUCCCGAAGCGACCUGAACGCAGCAUGAGUUCUGACCUUGGUGAUGGCUUUUCUCCAAACACGGUGUCAGUUUUUACACUUCAGAGCACUUUGUUUGCUUAUUUUUCUCACCGAACACGAAGGGGACGGCUGAGUGGAGGAAACUGUGACUUGAUUUGAUUUUUGAGUUUAUUUUUAAGGCUUGAUGUUCCUCAGCAGACACAGAUUUCCACAUUCUAAGGUAAAAAAAAAAAAAAAAAAGUUUAUUUUGGUUCUUUGGGUGUAUGGGAGCACAUUCCUGCCAUUAAAAACACAGAAAGGAAAGUUAGGAACGAUAAAAACUGAUGAGGGAAAAUGAUGUCUUGGAGCCAUUAAACCGCUAAAACUCUGUGAAACUGAUCCAGAGUCAGCGAUGAAGGACGACUGACUGACUGACUGACUGACUGCAUCUUUUGUUAUUAUUUUGUGUCUUGUACUUCCUGUCACCUGUUCACUUCCUCCCUUGCUCGCAUUUCAAAAUAAGAGCCCUUGUGUUAGUUGCUGUAUGAUCGUAAGUGAAGGCAACGUUUUCUUGUUUCUGAACCUCUUUGGGAGAAAAAGAAGGAAGAAUCUCACCUGCUGCUUCAGUUCACCUCACUGCUACUGACUCAUUAAAAGCUUAUUUUUGUUGUUUUUUUUAGCUCCGUUUUCUGCCGGAUUAAUAGCCAGAAUUAAUACGACUACAUUUUGUUUUUAAUCCGCCACAGAACGGAGAGUUUCCUCAGACACACUGAGCCUGUUUUCACUUUAAUUCAUCUGCAUCCUGAUUUGUUUAGAAGGUUUUACACCAAAUUAAAUCAGUCAGAAAGUUAAAGUGUUUACUGUUGUAACAUAAGUGUACUUCGCCCUCUUGUGGCCAAAAUCAGUAUUACAACAAUAAACACUAAAAACACACUAAAAAACACAUAGCCAAAAGUAUCUAGUUUAUCUUCAAUCGAAACAGAUAAACAAAAAAGUAACGAAACAAAAAAAAUAUUAAUUAAAAAAUCACAUGCUAAAACUACUUUUCUCACCUGUUACGUUUUUUUUUACAAUUUUUAUUUUGUCGUACUUUAUCCCUCUCAACCCUUCAGUUUGUUGGUGGAUUAAAAGGCAUUUUUACUUUUUUUUUUUUUUUAAUUGCCAACAUUUCACCAUUUAUCACAACGAAAAACUGUAAAAGCAGAAAAUAUCUUCAGAUUUUCAAAUUUCUGACUUUCUUUGAAUGGAUCGUGUGUGAGAAACACUUCCAUCAGGAAAAAUGAUCAAAUCUUAGUGAUAUUUCAUCAAAAUCGCUUUAUUCUACAAGCUUCAUUCUUCAAAAUGUUUUCCCAGAUUAAAUAAGAAGUAAAAAUGAUCCUGGCAAAACUUUUUUUUUUACCUUCCAAAAAGUAAGGAUGUCAGACAGAUUAUCCUCCUCCUCCUCCUCCUCCUCCUCCUCCUCCUCUUCCUCCUCCUCUUCUCCCAUCUCCUCCUUCUCUCUCUCUCUCUCUCCCUCCUCCUCCUCCUCUUCAGUGUGAACUGAACCUCUGCGUGUCUCUUCUUUCGGCUCGUUUCCCUCAAAGAGGAAACUUUGAUGUUUUCAUUUAAUUGAACAGGAAAUGAAGGAUGAGCUCGUUAGCAUCAUUAGCAUUGUUAGCAUGACUUCC